UCUUUUCCUCUCAUGCGCGGUAUUUCCUUCCCCGGCAGAGCUCGGGGCUCGGCCUAGCGGCGGCGGUACCCGCGGGCCGGGGUGGAGGGAAGGGCAGCGGCGUGCCGCCCCCCUCCCCGCGGUUCCUCGCCCCCCGCCCGCCGCCGACGCCCGCGGCGGAGGAUGGCCGAGGACUCGCCCAAACGGCGCAAGGCGAAUUUCAACGAGGCGGAGACGGAGGUGCUGAUCGAGCAGGUGCUGAAACACGAGCAGCUGCUGUUCGCGGCGGGACCCGGCCGCGCCUCCGCCGGCCAGAAGCGGAAGGUGUGGGAGCUGAUCCGGCACAAGGUGAACCCGGUGGCCGCCUGCCCCCGCGACGUGGAGGACCUGAAGAAGCGUUGGCGGGACCUGAAGCGCCGCGACCGCAGCAAGCUGUGCCGCCUCUCGCAGGGCUGCGGGCCCCCGGCGCCCCCCGCUCUCGGCCUCCUGCUGGCCCCCGAGGAGCUGCCGCCCGCCGCCGCGCCGCCCGCCCGCCGUCAGCGCCGCGCCUACGGCUCCCUGCUGCCCGCCGAGGCCGUGCCCAUCGUGGGCGGCAUCGACACGCUGGAGCUGCCCGGCGCCGUCGUAGGGGACAUGGGGUUUAAUGGCAAUCCUGGCCCAUCUCAUCAAUCCAGUCUCGAGAAGAUGAACCUCAAAGAAGAAAUAGUAGUGAAGGUGGUGGAGCCAGAAGAAAGCUCUGAGGACAUGGUAGUGGUUCCACCUAGUCAAGAACAUUUGCCUUUUCUGGGGACAUCAGGCGGUGGUUCCUCUGGGAAAGUAAAAGCCAAAACAAAAGGCAGGUCGCAGGCAGACCAAAAUGAAAUGACUGAAGAGGACCUUCUGCAGAUUCAGCAGGCCCAAAUACAGGUGAUCCAGUCUGGCUUUGACAGUGUCAACCACAAUCUUCGGCUGCUGCAGCAAGGCAUGCAAGAUCUGAGUAACAGCAUCAGCAUCAUGGCACAUACGCUUGUUGCUAUCAAAAACGUCUAUGUGAAAAACAACACUGGCCCCACCACACAUGCCACUGCAUCUACUCAGACCACAGCUGGGUACCUGAGCCCAGGAUCCCCCCAGCUCUCCCCUGCUAAGGACAGAGGYAGAGCACAGGUGGCUGGAAGCAGCAGCAGAAGCAGCAGCUGCAGCUCCAGCUCCAUGUCCCAAGAACCAGGUCCUUCAGAGUUUCCUAGGGCCCCCCUGAGAACCAUUAAGAAAGAAAAUCCAAAUGGCUGCUACUACUUCUGCUUUGCAGAUGUGUAAAAACUUGAAUAUGCAUAAAGUGACUGUGUUGUUGGGUGCUGUUGUACGUUCCACUCCAGCCUAUGACUUUGAAGGAGCAAAGUAGACUUGCCUCCUGUGUUUUUCCCAGUGGGAAACAUUUUGCUAUAGGUGGCAUUAAACACUAAUUACCAGUCUCCAGUUAACUCUGUUGCAGUUGGCUAAUAAUUCUCUUUUCUUUAUCCUCUUACUCUCUUAAAAACCCAAAUGUUCAUUUUGACUAAGACUUUUGUCUGUAUCAUCCUUUGUUUAAUGUCACCUUUUGAAAAAUAAAAGGCAUGAGAGAGGGGUGAAAAAGUAACAUUWUGGUUACUGACCACUACGAGCUGUCUUACACAAGUUGCUUAGUUCUUGGAAUAAACAAAGCCCAGAAGUAGCUGUUUUUUUAAAUACUUCUCUUUUCUAAUAGAUAUAAUGUUGAGGAUGUUUGCUUGCUUGGUUGUUGUUGUUUUCUUAAGUCUCAGCUGUGCAAGGCAUCACAGGAGGAGUUUGAGAUACUUGCUUAUUCUAGGAAUGGUUUAGGAUUGAGGCAUUCAUUCACAAAUGAUCUCCUCAGAAUUCUUCAGAGACUUUGUGUUUCGCUGCAUUUAGCAGGGUAGUCUCUUUUUUUGUCACAUUGUUAAAACAGAGAGAUACAGCAAAAGUGAGCUGUAUGCCUGAUGCCUCUGACAUACAGGUUAGAUGAGGCUGUAUCUUUAUCUGAUUUUGCAAGCCUUCUGGAAUCGAUGCCACAGUAUUUGAAAUAGAACAAAAAGCUUUGUAUUUUUUUACAUUAAAUGGAAGUUAGAUUUGCUCUUAAAUUACAGUAGGCAGGGGCUCACUUCAUUCCAGACAAAUGCUCCUGCAUAGUUUGGGAAGCUUUCAUCUUAAUUUCCUUUUUGGUAACUGUAUACCCAAGGAAGAAGAAAGAUGAGGAAGAGUUGGAGCAAAAUGUAACCUGGUGUCAACUCUGAAACAAGCAAAAAUAAUUUUGUAUUAAUGCCACAAAGAAAAAUCUCCUUUUCACAUUUAGAUAGGGUGAAACUWUUGUCAUUGGCACUAUUUUAAGAUAUGUUUUCAGGGUCGUAUAUUAGAGCUUCUUUGCACAAUUCAGAAGUAGCAGAGGUACAGUGUUCUUGUCAUCCGUACCAGACGGGAAACAAAAACACUCAUCAGAUUUUGUCCAAUGACUUGAAAAAUCAUACAGGUUGUCUUCUUAAGCAUUUAUCACCAACAUUAAAAAAGUUCUACACAUAAAUUUGGCCUAUAGUAAUGACUAGCUGCCUCUAGUGUUACAGUCAGCUUGCACAAGCAUUCCUGCUGCCAGAAUUUAGCAAAUACAAAUAACAUAGAGAUUCACAAUAAAAUUAUCCCUCUCCCAGAAGCAUAAGAAUAUAUAAUCAUAGCAUAAGAUAUGCCAUUUUUGCAGUCAGCUUUGACUGAACACUAACGUAUGAAAAUGUACAUUUAAGUACUUCACUUCUUCCCUUACACCAUUUUGGUGUACUGAUUUCACACACCUGCACUUCAAAAACCAAACACGGCUGCCAACUAAAAUGUGAACACAWGGUAAUCAGUUGUUAGCAUUUCCCUUCCGUAUCAGAUGGAGUAAAAUAUGCAAAUAUCACAGAAAAAUAAAAUGUAUGCACAUACAGCCCAACGUUAAUUUGGACUAAUGCCUUGAAGAAAAGUUCUCAUUUCCAGGUUUAUCUUAAAAAAGGAAGAUGGUAUAGGUGACAGGUAUCAAUAAAUGGCUGGUUUUAAAAAUGGGAAAGGAUCCUUCUAAAUCAGAUUUUUGAGUCUAUGUUGUUACAAGCUUUUCAAAUUAACCUGUUGGAAGCAUUAUUUCUCCCCCAUCAGUACAGAUGAGCUCUCUUGUUUUCAUGGACAAUGAAGCUAAUUCAUGCUACCACGACAUUCCAGGUAGAUUAGCAAAUGGGAUCUACUGGUCCUCCUGGGCAGCAGUUUGAGCUUGUCCAGGUUGCGACAGGCAGUUCUUAGCUGUCUUCAAUGUUUCAAUUUUUUGCAACUGUUAAUUAUUGAAUUUCGCAUACUAGAGCAUUUUUUGGGAGAGUUGACCUGUAUCUGCUUUCUCAUGUUCCAGUUCUGAUUUAAAUGAGAGGCAGCUACAGUGCGAGUAGAGAAGUGCAGCAAGAUCCYGUGAGCAGAAUGGGCAGAUUUAAUCUCCUGUAUGAAUGAGGAUAAGCCAGGCAAUGCUACAAGACACUGCAGGUCAGACAACAACCAGACCUCAACAUCAAUCUGCCAUAGUAUGUUUGUUCCAAUCUUGCUCUUUUCCAUGUGUUUCAGUUGUACUGACGACAUGUACUGGAGCCAGAUCCAAAUCACUCUUCCACUUGUGAUAUGGUCUAGAUUUACAUGUUUUAAACAAGGAAAGAAACAGCUACCUCUCAUCACUACAGAGUAGUGCAAAAUUGUUAUUUUAUUCUUCCARUUAUUACAGUUGGUUGCUAUUUCUUUAUCACCCUUUCUGUGAUCAAAUGAUGAUUCUGUUGGGAGCACUGAAAUCACAUGCACCAUCCAGAUGCCAUGCCAUUARUUUCUGGCUGCUCUUAACAGGAGGUGAAACAUCAUUUUCUUGGACUGUUACUGAGUAAAUGAAUUCCCAAUUUGUUUCCAUUUCUAUGAAGCUAGCUAGGCUAUUUGUAUAAAUGACAAGAGGUAAUGACCUGGUCAUGAAGCUUAAUGAAAAUACUGCCAACGAUUUGAACAAAGGCAGAGCUGGCUUUUAAUUUGCCUUAAUGCAAGGCAUAACAGUGGUAAUCCUGAGAAAGAGAGCCAGGAGAUGUUCUCCAAUUCUUCUGGAUUUCCCUAAAAAACUUGUCCUGCUGUGCCAAGUGCAAGCAGUGUUUCCCAGUAGCAUAGGACUAAGAUAUUCAGGCACACAAACCAYAAAUAUAACAUGUGGUGAUAUUACACUCUUACACUCUGUUUAUGCCUAGUUUUAGUAGAAAGAUAAAUAAAAGGGUCUUGGACAAAACUAUGCAACCGGUAGCAUUUCCCCAUAACACUCAGAUCCAGCAACAACUUCCAUUCAUUCGUUUCUCUGCUAUCUGCUGCUUAACUUUGUUGUACAGAGGGAGACAAAUCUCCUCAAGAGGCUGUAAAAGCUCAGUGACUACAUCCAGAUAGCUGAUUAUCCCCAAAAGAGGUCAAUUAUAGUGGCCUCUGACCAAAAAACCCACAAUUUAGGAGAGAAAAAAGCCAUCAGCAGCUGGCUUUUCAGGACCACCAUAUUGUUACUUAAAUUGACCUGAUCUGGCUGUGCCAAUCAUUUAUUGUUUAGAUGAAUACAGGCAGAAGGAGUAAGAGCAAAUAGAAAGUCAGGUUUCUGAGGAAGCCCAUUUGGGUUUUUCUGUUGUUAUUAAUAUACAACACAUAAACCUACUAAAUCAAACUUCCAAUCCAAUCAUUUCAAUUUGGAGUAUGAACAUCUGAUUCAYGUUGCAAUAGUACCAACACACACUUUUUACUUUACUUUUUACUUUCUUGUAACAGAGAAAAAAAUAAUCACUCCCAAAGCAUUUUCUCCAUUAAAAUUACAGGGUUACAAUAGGAAAAAACAUUGAAAAAUAUAUUAGCUGAAGCUUUCUAAGUUAAUGAAUCAUUAUACAAACACAAUCAAGAAUUGAAGUUUUGCAUGC